GUCCGCUGUCAAAUUUGUGUACCCGUUCUACGGUAUACAUAUAUUCAGUCUUACACCGGCCUUCAACACGAUAACAUCAAAAUUUAUUGUUACUUGUUUAAGUAUUUAAAACUUCGUUGUAUAAAACUCUCAGAGCAACGUCAUGUGUUGCGGACCUUGCUGUGGAACCUGCUACUACCCCUGCUGUAGUCCUUGCUUCAGUGGCCGAUGUUUCGGGCCGCGAUGCGGAUUUUAUAGUGGACCGUGCGGACCUUGCUGCGGGGGCGGAUGCUGCAGCAGCUGUGGACCGUCUUGUUAGCGUGCUACAUAUCAAAAUUCUGGACAAGGAGAAAUAUUUAUUUACAUGGCCCAUUCUACUUAAAAAACAAGAUCAAGUCGUAAUAAAAGGUGUAUGACUUUCA